CCGAAAGAAGUCAUAAAGACACAGUAAAUCAAGUUAGCCCUGGAAAACAGCUCUGUAGUAUUGUGCAGUUUCGAAUUCUAAAUUUUGAAAUUUUUGCCUAUGAUGUUUGGAACCGUCAUCAAAGCCAUAAGGCUUCUGAAAUUCAGAGAUGUCCAGCACACAAGCGGUCAUCAACGGGGAGUAAGCCGGGACAAAACAGGAGAAGAAAAGCAUCAUUUUAAGAGAAUUGAAAUGGAACAACUGAAGAAAAUUAGGCAGAAUGUAAUUAAGGAUAUGAUGGCACAGAUCGAGGCUCUGAAAUACGAGAUCAAAACCAUUGACAGAGGGUUUUCCGAAGACAAAGAGUCAGUCAAAGAAGAGUUGUUGCAAAAAAUAGAGCAGUUAAAAACUGAAAUCGAGAAAAUAAGAAAGACGAUUGGAAAAAACGAUUGAAAGAUUGAAAGUAGGCUAUCUUUCUAGUUUCAAUCUGCCUCUGGCAUUCCUUCACUAGACACUAAAAUAAAUUUCAAGUAAUUUCAAAAUUUUCAUAGAUAAAUACAUUUUUGUUUGGAUUAUUCUUUUAAAUUCACCGAAAAUUAUCAGAAAUGCAGAAAUAUCUUUGCAACACGCUUCGACUUUUAGCUCCCCCCAAAUGUUGUUUUACACAGAGCUUCAAGAAUGCUAGCAACUUCUUGUACGAAAGAGCCAGAGCCGGAGAAAAUGUCCACUUCCUGAAAAUACAAAGAGAACAACUGAUGAAGCUGCGCUCCAAACUGAUGAUGCAAAAGGUGCAGGUCAUUGCAAAGAUCGACAAAGUGGAUGAGCAGAUAGAGAGAAUAACGGCAAAAUCCGAUGAAGACCAACAGGCACAUUGAAGGGGAACAGCACUAAGGAAAAUACAUAAUAUUUAAUCUGAAAUAAACUAAGAGGGCUAUACCCGAACUGUU